ACAACCUCUCUUGUUUUCCCCCCCCAAAAAGCCCCAACUGCCCGCCUUUAGGUCUCUCUGCUCACUUCCACGCUCUCACAUCCAUCAUGGCCGCUCCAGCUGCUUUCGGCGACAUCGCCAAAACUGUCAAUGAUCUCCUUAACAAGGAUUUCUACCACACCAGUGCCGCCAGCCUCGAGGUCAAGUCUAAGGCUCCCAAUGGCGUCACCUUCAACGUGAAGGGUAAAUCUGCUCAUGAGGGUCCCAUUUCCGGAUCGCUCGAGGCCAAAUAUGUCGACCCACCAACUGGCCUUACCCUCACUCAGACAUGGACCACCGGCAACGCCCUCGACACCAAGCUUGAGUUGGACAACAACAUCGCCAAGGGCCUCAAGGCUGAGGUUCUCACACAAUACCUCCCAUACUCUAACUCCAAAGGUGCCAAGUUGAACCUCCACUUCAAGCAACCCAACCUGCACGCUCGUGCUUUCUUCGAUCUCCUUAAGGGCCCAACCGCCAACUUCGAUGCCGUCCUUGGACACGAGGGUUUCUUGGUGGGUGCUGAGGGUGGCUAUGAUGUCCAAAAGGCCGCCAUCACCAAGUACUCUGCCGCCGUUGCCUACUCUCUCCCUGAGUACUCCGCUGCCAUCACUGCCACCAACAACCUCACCCUCUUCUCUGCCAGCUACUACCACCGCGUGAAUUCCCAGGUCGAGGCCGGCGCCAAGGCCACUUGGGACUCCAAGGCAGGAAAUACUGUUGGCCUUGAAGUUGCCAGCAAGUACAGACUUGAUCCUUCCUCCUUCGCUAAGGCCAAGAUCAACGACCGUGGAAUUGCUGCUCUUGCCUACAAUGUCCUCCUUAGACCAGGUGUCACCCUUGGUCUCGGUGCUUCCGUCGAUACCCAGAACUUGAACCAGGCUGCCCACAAGGUUGGUGCCAGCUUCACCUUUGAAGGUUAGAUGAGUUAGGCCGUCGGUGGUAGAAGACUUGUGUAAUAUCAAAUCAAUUGAACCUCCUACAGUUUCCUUUUUGGAAACUUGUAUUCCGCCUUUUUUUCCCUCUCUGGUCAGAUUCCCAAGCAGACUCUUGAUCAACCAGAAUCAUUUAUGUAUUACAGCAUGACAUCUAUACUGUACGCCAAUUAAAUGCAUAAACUAUA